UACCGUUUAUAAUUGCCCAGACUAAUAUAAAACAAAAAAAAAGAAAAUAUAUUGUGUCGUUAAACGUUAAUAAUUUAUAAAAUCUUACAAUUUAACCGAUGAAAUUAUAUUUUUAGCUCAGAAGCAUAGUAUAAUUAAUAAUCCAAACCAAGAAAGAGCUUGAUAAUCAGCAGGAAGUGACAUCAUAAAAACGUUGGCGGUUGGAGUUGCGUCUGGUGGCUAGUGAUGGUGAAGCGCUGGGCGUGAUGUCGAAUGUGGAGAAUGUGUGCCCGCAGGUGCUACGCGGCGUGGCGCGCGAAUUACGGCGGUUGGCUGCCAACCCACCUGCUGGGAUCAAGCUGCUGCUGCGUGACGACGACCUCACCGACGUUGUAGCCCUCGUCGACGGACCCGCAGAGACACCUUACGCUGGUGGCGUUUUCCGGGUGCGGCUGGUCUUAGGCAGAGAGUUCCCAACCGUGCCGCCACGCGCGUACUUCCUCACGCGUGUCUUCCACCCUAACGUGUCAUCUGUUGGUGAGGUCUGUGUGAACACACUGAAGCGCGACUGGCGUCCGGAACUAGGGCUUGAGCACGCACUACUCGCAGUCAAGUGCCUACUCAUUGCGCCCAAUCCUGAUUCAGCGCUAAAUGCUGACGCGGCAGCGUUACUCCGCGAUAGGUACGACGAUUACUUCGCUCGAGCAAAGCUCUAUACCGAUAUUCACGCGCGUCCAGACGCGGCCUCUGGCCCAGCGCACGCCUCUGCAGCAAGCGAACCUUCUGACGCUGCCCCCCGAGCGAAGCGUGAGCGCCGAACCCAACCACCUCUCGCCAAAGACAAGAGACGCAUCCUCAAAAGAUUAUGAGCAUCCCACAUAGCAUUAACUAUAAUUAGGUGUGUAAAAUAUUUGAUUUAAUUUUAUUUAAGUUAAUAAUAAAUGAUGAAGCGAU